UUUGUUUAUACAAUUUUCAUUUCACGAGGGUGGUUUUCCUUUGCCAGGGAAGGAGCAGGUGAAGGGUUUAACGUUUGAGCUACUGAGUUAACUCUGCUUCUGCUAAAACCCUAUCACACCAAAAGAAAAUGGUGCUGCAAUCCAUUUGUCUUGGGUUUUCUGCCCCAAAAAUAGGUGUCCCCUGUCAUGGUGUAUCAAUUGUUUCUGGAAAAGAUGUUGGUUUUAGGAACCAAAGACUUCUAUACGGAACUACACCUAGAUGUUCGAAGAGGUUUGAGAAAAAUACGUCGAUGCCAAGCUUGACAAAAAGAGGUUUUGUAUGCAAUGCAAAGUUGGAAAAAUCUGGAAGGGAAAAUUCGAGGUUGCCCGUUAGAUAUGAAGGGGUAGAGCCAUUUCGUGGCAAAUCAGGUUCGGUUUCAUUUCAUGGGCUGACUCACCAGUUAGUAGAGGAAGGCAAAUUGGUGUCUGCACCGUUCAAUGAAGGCAAGGGCUCGUUUUUAUGGGUUUUGGCUCCGCUUGCUUUAAUAUCGUCUUUAAUUCUGCCACAAUUCUUGGGUGGUGCCAUUGAAGCUCUCUUGAAGGAGGACACUCUCGUAGAAAUAGUGACUUCGUUGGUAUUUGAAGUUGUAUUCUAUAUUGGCGUCGCAAUAUUUCUUCUUGUAACCCACCACGUCCAAAAACCAUAUUUACAGUUCAGUCCGAAGAGGUGGGGUCUCAUCACAGGCCUUAGGGGAUACUUAACAACUUCUUUCUUUACAAUGGGUUUCAAGGUUAUGGCACCCCUGGUUGCUGUCUAUGUAACCUGGCCAGUAAUUGGUCUCCCAGCUUUAGUUGCGGUGCUUCCUUUUCUAGUUGGCUGUGCUGCUCAGUAUGGCUUCGAACUACGCCUUGACAAGCGCGGGUCAUCUUGUUGGCCACUGGUUCCCAUAAUUUUUGAGGUUUAUAGACUAUAUCAGUUGACAAGAGCCACCUUUUUCAUAGAGAAGUUGUUGUUUGCCUUGAAAGAUGCUCCGGUGAAUUCCCCAGAAGUGAUGGAAAGAACUGGUGCUUUGUUUUCUAUGGUUAUAACCUUCCAAGUCCUUGGUUUGGUAUGCCUCUGGUCAUUGAUGGCUUUUCUUUUGAGGCUUUUUCCAUCUAGACCUGUGGCAGAGAAGUACUGAUUACUGCGUAAUACUGAAAAAUAGGCGUAAGAUUUCUGUUGUCAUUAGUUUUGCAUAAUGCGUACAGGUGUCUUGUCUUCAAUCCGAGAUUUUGGUCCGUAAAUGUACGAAUAUAUACCGUUAAUAUGAAGGUGCAUCAAAAGUAGACUCCGCAUGCUAGACUGGCGUGGUUAUCUUUUUUAACUCCAUCCAAUUUCCACAGGCAUGCUUGAAUACGCAACUCCAAGUACUUUGUAGUUUUACUCUUCAUUCUGUAUCUUGGUAGUAAUGGCUGAUAUAUAUCAAAGCAUAAAAAGGUUAGAUUCUGUGUGGAAAGCUUGAAUGAUGCAACAUCAUUAUUUUUGUU